AUGGAUAGAGGUUGCGGUGAAACUGCCGACCCGCUCGCGGCGCUGGAGGCGGAGUAUGCAGCGGUUCUGGAGCAAGAUCUGCAUUACGGCAAGGAUGAGGAGAGCAUAGGAGAGAGCUACACUUUGCUGCCAUCAUCACCUUGCAAUAGUGAAGAUGAUGUGCUCGAUGACGAUACAUACACUGAAAUUACUUCAACUAGCGUACCGGUAAUUACAGAAGUUCCAGUGCAGCAGAUUGCCAGCCAUAUACAAGAGGACAAACGCGCGGUGAUCAUGCAAUGCAUGAAACAGGUCAAGGUGCGCCCGCCGCCAUGGGUAGAAGCUUCUAAGCUGACGGACGACGAGCUGAUCAACAUAGUGAGAAAGCAACUAAUACUCAAGACCAGCAAUGCAUUUUAA